AUGCCUCGAGUAUUUGCAGAUACUCGCGUCAUUGCCAGUGGCGACGAAGCUGACGAUCUCGCCAAAUCCAAGGCGGCGUGGCUGUCGUGUAUGGUGCACCUUGGUGGACUGACUUUUUGUACCCGCAAGAAACCACUACGAAUCCCGAACUUGGUGGCUGCCGAGCGAUUUGGAAGAGCUGUUCUGCAAAGGCAUCAAGCAAGCCUGGAGGAUGUGAAUGGCGCGUUUAGGGUGCUUGUCGAUGCCGGAAACAUCGACAGGAUCAUCGGAUUAUACGCCCGCGGUAUGCAGCAACACGAUGUCGGAGCCCGUGAUUUCAAAAAGAAGGAGGAGGAUCACUGUAACUCGAUGCGCUUCACCCUCCUGGCUAAUAUUCACCCAUCCCUUCGGAAAGUUGGCGUCGAGACGACCGUUACCAAGCCCUCAGGAAAGUCAGGUCGAAUUGACAUGUUGAUAUCCGUUCCGUUGAAAAAGCGGCUGUUUGUUCUCGAAUGGAAAUCCCUCCAAAUUGACUACAUCGAGAUUGGGUCCGGAUCACCAUUGCAAAGGGCCAAUGUCCUUGCAGAUAUUCGCGAUGUUAGAGAGGUGUUGGAUUUGAGGAUCGGUAAGAAUGACAAUUAUCGAGCUGGUCUGACCAUCAGGGAAUGGAUUAUGUCUGGACCUCAGGACCAGCUUCGUGAGUACGCGCAGAGCGCAGAGAUCCAGAAGUGGAAAGAUGACGGCUAUUCAAUCACGUCGGUUCUUACAGUCGUAGUUGGAUCUCGUCACGUUCUUUUGUGGAAUCUCGAUGGCGAUGUGCUCGACGCAUCUCCGCGACUCGCCCUCGAGUGA